AUGCCUUUCAAUACUGUUCCUCACCCCGACGGCCGGUCCAUCGCCAAUGGGAGGCUCAUCCUCGUUGCCCAUCUCGGUUCUGGCAACUACGGACAGGUGUACAGGGCAUUAGACCUUGAGGCCACCAAUGAUCUUGUUUAUUUCGCUGUCAAGUCUACAACGGUCAGAAAAGGAAUCGUCUUUCAUGCCUUUGUCUCUCGGCAUCCCAACGUUGUCACAUACCGUGAUAUGUGGGUUGAGGAGGACUAUGUCUUCAUGAUCAUGGACUACUGCCCCGGUGGAAAGCUGCACAAGGCCAUCAAGGAAAAGAAGAUAUUUUAUUGCAACAACUCACUGGUGAAGCCUGUCUUCAUUCAGGUCAUCGAUGCCCUGCGGCAUGGCCGUGCCAAUGAAGUAUUCCAUCGGGACAUCAAGUCUGAGAAUAUUCUCUGUUCUAAAGACAGGACACAGGUAUUCCGUGCUGACUUUGGUCUCGCGACAUGCGAAGAUUACAAGUUCCGCGGGGCAGGCACCCUGCCGUACAAAAGUCCUGAAUACUUGGGCGAGGAUUUUAGAUCGCCCACGUACUCGACGAGGGCCAGCGACGUCUGGGCUCUAGGUGUUCUCCUCCUCAAUAUGAUGGUCGGGCGAGAUCCUUGGGUCGCCGCCAAGAUUUCAGAUCGAUGCUUCAACUGUUUCCUCUGCGAUCCCGACUAUUUCCUCAAGAUAUUUCCCAUCACACCACACCCUCCGUCAACCAGGUUCUGCUCCGCAUCUUCGAAAGGCAUCGCUCUUCCUGAACUCUGUACCGAGAUCAGCAAAAUCGAUAGCUUCCUUGUUCAACCGUCUCCGAAAAUCCUUCAAAGCUUGCCUCCCGUCCCGCGUCAGGAAUUAACAGUGCAGCCGCCCGCCUGUGAUGACUCGGGCUCGUACGACCGUUGGAGUGCUUCGCUCGGUGAUGUCUCCUCCUGA